AUGGCCUACUUCUUCUUCUACACAUCCCUCCUCGUCCUCCCGCUCCUCCUCGUCACCCUUCUCUACCUCACCCGCGGCCGCUGGGCCCACCUCCUCCCAGGCUUCCCUGGCUCCGACUACCUCUACUCCCGCCUCCCGGCUUCCUUCGCCGGCGACAUCGAGGCGGGCCUCUCCUCCGCCGACUUCGACCUCUCCGCCAAUGUCGCCGGUGGAGACGGCCGCGCAGGGCUCGACGACGACGCCAAGCGGGAGAUCCUCAAGAUUAUGAAGAAACGCCGGAUGCGCUUCGACGAGGCCAGGCGCGUCUACAUGGAGGACCGCUUCAAGGCGAACGGUAUUGGGCCCGACGGCAGGCCGAGGGAUCCAAAGUUUGUCAGCUUCUCAUGAAUACAAUAUGAGGAGAGGAAGGGGGGAAAGGAGGAAGAGGAGUGACGGCACAAUACCCGUGUUUCAGUUAUAGAAAGGACAGAGGCGCUGGGGAAGAGAGUUGGUUCACUCUGGUGGUGACGGGCGCUUUGUGCGUGGGCAGCGGGUGGGACCCGAUGUGAUAUCCUUUUUUUCUUUCUUCCUUUUGCUAUUUCUUUUUUUUCUUAUGUCUUUUCUUUUCGUUGCAAGCCUUAUUAUCUUUCGUGGUGACGACGGACUCUUGCGAUGGCGUUUUGUGGAAUGGUACUGUUGCACUCGAAUUGCCGAGAGAAGUUAAUUGCCCACCCUAUUCUGUUGGUAGGGAGCAGGCUUGUUGGUGUUGAGGCACCAUGGGUUGAUUUGCUAUUCUUCCUCAAGUCGAGGCUUGAAAAUUAUAGCACCGCAUGGCAGACGCCAGAUCUACUUUUCCCUUUCUUUCUCAACCUAUACUUCUGAUAUCAGAUACAUAGCUCAUUAGUUUCAAGUGCUAGCCAAUGCAUUUUUCUCCCGAGGUCUUCCUCAG